GGCCACUAAGCUAGUUUCGUUUUAUACCAGAACACCAUUAAUUCCUUGUACCACUGCCUUCAGCCGACUGUGUACAGAUAUGUCCGAAGAUACUGAGGAUGUCAAACCGAAAUUGGGCUUGGUCAUUAACUAUGAGGGCACCCAAAUCACUGUGAAGGUGAAGCACAACAUGUCAUUUAAGAAGAUAUUCGAUGCAGCAGAGAAACGGUUUGGAAAAGAACCAGGGACGUUUAAAUUCAUUUACGAUGGCAGAAGAUUGCGAGCUGAAAAUACGCCUCUGGAUAUGGAAAUGGAAGAUGGUGAUAUCAUUGACGCUCACUUAGAGCAGCUGGGUGGUGGCACAAUUAUAUGUUAGCUGUUGUACAUCCACAGGCUUCUGUAGGUCAUGCAAUCGGAUGUAUUCUCUCUACUGUAUCACGUCUCACCAUUCAAUCCGUUCCAAUUUGCUUGUCACCAAAAU